GAGAAGCUUAUAGACUGAACAAUCAAAUUCAAAAUGCAAUGGAAUACCAUGAACAAGCCUUGGAAAUUGCAAAAGAACGAAAAGAUCAAGAUCAGGAGACAAUGGCACACCUUGGGUUAGGAGCUGUUUAUACAUUGAACAAUCAGUUUCAAACGGCAAUUGAGUGCUAUGAACAAGCCUUGGAAAUUGCAAAAGAACGAAAAGAUCAAUAUCAGGAGAGAAUCGCAUACCUUGGAUUAGGACUUGUUUAUAGAUUGAAUAAUCAAUUUCAAACGGCAAUUAAAUACUAUGAGCAAGGCUUGAAAAUUGCAAAAGAACGAAAAAAUCAAGAUCAGGAAACAACGCCAUACCUUGGGUUAGGAGCUGUUUAUAGAUUGAACAAUCAGUUUCAAAUGGCAAUUAAAUACUAUGAGCAAGCUUUGGAAAUUGCAAAAAAAACGAAAAUAUCAAGGUCACGAGACAACGGCAUACCUAGGUUUAGGAGUUGUUUACAGAUUGAACAAUCAGUUUCAAACGGCAAUUAAAUACUAUGAGCAAGCCUUGGAAAUUGCAAAAGGACGAAAAGAUCAAGGUCACGAGACAACGGCAUACCUUGGUUUAGGAGUUGUUUACAGAUUGAACAAUCAGUUUCAAACGGCAAUUAAAUACUAUGAGCAAGCCUUGGAAAUUGCAAAAGGACGAAAAGAUCAAAAUCAGGAGACAAAGGCAUACCUUGGGUUAGGAGAUGCUAAUAGAUCCAACAAUCAGUUUCAAACGUCAAUUAAAUACUACGAGGAAGCAUUGGAAAUUGCAAAAGAACGAAAAGAUCAAGCUCAGGAGACAACUGCACACCUUGGGUUAGGAGCUGUUUAUAAAUUGAACAAUAAGUUUCAACCGGCAAUUAAAUACUAUGAGCAAGGCUUGGAAAUUGCAAAAGAAAAAAAAGAUCAAGCUCAGGAGACGACGGCAUACCUUGGGUUAGGAGUUCUUUAUAGAUUGAACAAUCAGUUUGAAACGGCAGUUAAAUACUAUGAACAAUCCUUGGAAAUUGCAAAAGAACGAAAAGAUCAAGAUCAGGAGACAACGGCAUAUCUUGGGUUAGGAGAUGCUUAUAGAGUGAACAAUCAGUUUCAAACGGUAAUUAAAUACUAUGAGCAAGCCUUGGAAAUUGCAAAAGAACGAAAAGAUCACGAUCAGGAGACAACGGCAUACCUUGGGUUAGGAGAUGCUUGUAGAUUGAACAAUCAGUUUGAUAUGGCAAUUAAAUACUAUGAGCGAGCCUUGGAAAUUGCAAAAGAACGAAAAGAUCAAGAUCAGGAGACAAUGGCACACCUUGGGUUAGGAGCUGUUUAUACAUUGAACAAUCAGUUUCAAACGGCAAUUGAGUGCUAUGAACAAGCCUUGGAAAUUGCAAAAGAACGAAAAGAUCAAUAUCAGGAGACAGUGGCAUACCUUGUGUUAGGAGAGGCUUAUAGAUUGAACAAUCUGUUUGAUAUGGCAAUUAAAUACUAUGAGCAAGGCUUGGAAAUUGCAAAAGAAAAAAAAGAUCAAGCUCAGGAGACGACGGCAUACCUUGGGUUAGGAGUUCUUUAUAGAUUGAACAAUCAGUUUGAAACGGCAGUUAAAUACUAUGAACAAUCCUUGGAAAUUGCAAAAGAACGAAAAGAUCAAGAUCAGGAGACAACGGCAUAUCUUGGGUUAGGAGAUGCUUAUAGAGUGAACAAUCAGUUUCAAACGGUAAUUAAAUACUAUGAGCAAGCCUUGGAAAUUGCAAAAGAACGAAAAGAUCACGAUCAGGAGACAACGGCAUACCUUGGGUUAGGAGAUGCUUGUAGAUUGAACAAUCAGUGUGAUAUGGCAAUUAAAUACUAUGAGCGAGCCUUGGAAAUUGCAAAAGAACGAAAAGAUCAAGAUCAGGAGACAAUGGCACACCUUGGGUUAGGAGCUGUUUAUACAUUGAACAAUCAGUUUCAAACGGCAAUUGAGUGCUAUGAACAAGCCUUGGAAAUUGCAAAAGAACGAAAAGAUCAAUAUCAGGAGACAGUGGCAUACCUUGUGUUAGGAGAGGCUUAUAGAUUGAACAAUCUGUUUGAUAUGGCAAUUAAAUACUAUGAGCAAGCCUUGGAAAUUGCAAAAGACCGAGAAGAUCAAGCUCAGGAGACAACGGCAUACCUUGGGUUAGGGCUUGUUUAUAGAUUGAACAAUAAGUUUCAAACGGCAAUUAAAUACUAUGAACAAGCCUUGCAAAUUGCAGAAGAACGAAAAGAUCAAGAUCAGGAGACAACGGCAUAUCUUGGGUUAGGAGAUGCUUAUAGAGUGAACAAUCGGUUUGAAACGGCAAUUGAAUACUAUGAGCAAGCCUUGGAAAUUGCAAAAGAACGAAAAGAUCAUGAUCAGAAGACAACGGCAUACCUUAACUUAGGAUUUGUUUAUAGAUUGAACAAUCAGUUUCAAACGGCAAUUGAAUGCUAUGAGCAAGCCUUGGAAAUUGCAAAAGAACUAGAAAAUAAACACAUAGGAAAUAUUGCGAGAAAUGCAAUUGAAGAAUUGUCAAGAAUUGCAGGUAUGUUUAGGCAUUUGAAUGUCCUGGUUAGGCCAUGGUUAUAUUACAAAAAUAAAAUAUUCAAAUAUUCUGCAAAUUAACAAAAAGGUGUUGGGUUCAGGUGAACUUGAGAUUAUCUUAGUAAGAAUUAUUUGAGAAGCUCUAUUUGGUAACUUUACCUGUGCGUGUUGUUAUCUCCUUUCAUAUUCACAGGAUGUGACGCACACCGACAGUGGUGACACUGGUUGUUACUAGCUGGCGAUCCUGGCAGUUUACGAAACGGAAAAUUGCGUCGUCUUCUAAUAAUUAGAUUAGAUUAGAUUCUUUAUUUGCCACAAAAUAAAUCAAUAAUUAAAUAAUGUACAGACAUUGGGUAAUACAAAAACACCCAAAAAAAACCAAAAACAAAACACAAAUAUUACUAGAUACAACGGAAGUAAAUAAAUAUUGGAAGUGACGAGGAGGCAUCCAGAAGCCUAAGGGCUUGUACAAGGGAUGACUCCUCUUUAUAUAGAUUAUUGAACGGACAGCAUAAAUAGAAUAAGCAGUAGUAAAAAUGAGAAAUAAGUUCUGAGAUUACUCAUUGAAAAAACCGGUAAUAAAAUGAUUAGGACUGCAAUAAGGGGAAAUUGGGGGAAUUCGGGGAACUUGUGGCGAAUUCCCGAGCCAUUCAUUGUCGUAAAUGUAGAUAGUGCCAAAUCACAUCAAAACAUCAAAACAAUUGUUUAGUAAAUUACUUAAGAGUAUUGUUAAAAGCAAAAAUCAUGCUUAUUCAUAAAAUAUUAACGUGCAUGGUACUUUCGGUAUUAAUUAUGACAUUGGUCAUUAGUAUAUUCGUAAUUUUUUCAAUAUAAACCUUAUAUGUUAUUUGUAAAGUAUCAAUUAGGCUUCUCAAGCCCAGGGGUCAAGGUUGUAACUAAAGGUUGGACUUUUUUUUGCGGCAUGGAAAAUUCAUACAUGAUGAUGAUUUCAUGCAUUAUUAAAUUUGUACAAAAAGACCAAGUUAUCUUGGUUCGGUGUGGACGUAAUGUAUGCACCAACUUUUUUAUUACGUUGCAAGCCGUUCAUAUGGAACACUUCAAACCUUCCCUCCUUCCCCAUUACCAUAAAUUGCUUAAACCUUUCGUUUUGUGUGCAAGGUGGUUGGCAAAAACAAUCUUUUUCCACUUGGAAGAUUGGUAAUCAGAAAAAUUUUGCGUUGAAAAAAUUGAAAGGCCUUUUUAACCACCGAUCUUUCUCUCUAGUGUUCUGUCCUAGGACAGGUCCACUCUCCAUGGCAUACACGUUCUUCGUGCAUUUCUGCUCUUCGUGUAUUUUUUAUAAUAGGGUUGUCUCCAAACCGUUUAAUUAAGACCUUUGUCUCUUUCUGUCUUUUGUAGAGAGCCCAGAAUCGUGGAAAUGGGAAGAGAGUUCGAAAGUUUACCGAAAGAAAUUCAUUAAGCUGCUCCAAUAUGGAAAAGACUACCCGGAAGAGAUCAAGGAAGUUAAUGGAGUCCGCGUUUGUUGCUCGAAGGAGUUUCUCAUUGGGAAGGGAAGUGAUGGCACUCGAGUCUAUGUAGGAUUAGGGAAAGAUGGAUACGAAAGGGCUGUAAAACGUUUGCCUAGAGAUGCUUGCACUAGCGUAGCUGAACAAGAAAAGAAUGUUUUGAACGAACUCAAUGCAACUAAGUCAAACUAUGUGGUAAAUUAUUGGUUUUUAGACGAACAAAGCGACAAGCAUUACUUGUUUUUAAUCUUGGAUUUAUGUGAGGAAACGUUGG